CAAUCAAAUAAUCACCAUACAAUGGGAAGGUUGUCAACAACAGAUAAACUAGCUGAUAAAAAUCAGUUCAAGAACACCCAAAAAUAACCACCACAACAAUGGAACCCAUCCUCUCCUCCACAACUCUGCAACUCAGACCCCAUCAUCAUCACCCACAUUCUCUCUCCUCAUCUUCUCUCUCUACACUCAAACUCACCACACCCAGAAGCCUAAGACAGAAGCUCUCAUCCCCUGUUUCACCUCUCAGAGUAUCUGCAAAUUCCCAAGCUGCCCCUGCCUCCACUGAAGCCAAAAGCACCUAUUCUGUUCCUUCUCAGAUGAAGGCUUGGGUUUAUGGAGAGUACGGAAGUGUCGAUGUUUUGAAGUUUGAUUCUAGUGUUUCAGUGCCUCCAGUGAAAGAUGACCAGGUUUUGGUUAAAGUUGCUGCAGCUGCUCUGAACCCAGUUGAUUUCAAGAGGAGGCUAGGGAAAUUCAAGGCCACCGAUUCUCCUCUCCCGACGGUUCCAGGCUACGAUGUAGCUGGUGUGGUGGUUAAGGUUGGCAGCCAAGUAAAGAGCCUAAAAGAGGGAGACGAAGUGUAUGGGAACAUAAAUGAGAAAGCACUGGAAGGGCCUAAACAGUUUGGAUCUUUCGCGGAGUACACAGCUGUUGAGGAGAAGUUGUUGGCACUGAAACCCAAGAAUCUGGAUUUUGCUCAGGCUGCCGGUCUUCCGCUUGCAAUUCAGACCGCUUAUGAAGGCCUUGAGAGGUCUGGGUUUUCAGAUGGCAAAUCUAUCCUUGUUUUGGGUGGUGCUGGUGGAGUGGGAUCCCUAGUAAUUCAGCUAGCAAAACAUGUAUUUGGUGCUUCUAGAGUUGCAGCAACUUCCAGCACUGGAAAGUUGGAAGUGCUUAAAAGCUUGGGAGCUGAUUUGGCUAUUGAUUACACUAAAGAAAACUUUGAAGACUUACCGGAUAAAUACGAUGUCGUCUAUGACACCGUUGGGCAGGGGGAUAAGGCGGUGAAGGUGGUCCAGGAAGGGGGCAGCGUGGUGGUCCUAACCGGUGCAGUCAUACCACCUGGUUUCAGAUUUGUGGUCACUGCCAACGGUGCCGUCUUGGAAAAGCUCAAUCCUUUUCUAGAAAGCGGCAAGGUGAAGCCGGUUGUUGAUUCCAAGGGACCAUUUCCAUUUGCUAAGGUUGUCGAAGGUUUCUCUUACAUCGAAACAAACAGAGCUACUGGAAAAGUAGUUAUACAUCCAAUUCCAUGAGGGAAACUUGAAACUAUUGUAGCCCAAUUUGGCUUCAAAUUUGAUAGCUUAUCUAUAAGAUUAUCAGAGGCGCCGGAUAUUUCGAUUUGUAAUUUUAUGAGAUUAUGUGUUUAAAAAAGUAUGUGCAUCAAUGAGGGGAGCAAUGCUCAUGUACACUGUGCAUCAGCUUCUUUUUCGAGUA